CUCAGGAAUUCGAGGGUAGGCUGUUGCCGCUGUUGGCUGAGACUUGGAGUUGAGUUGCGCGAGUUCGGGUUGUGAGGCUAUUGCUUUUUGGGGAUUUUCACCGUGUAGCGGCGCCGCUUUGGGACGGUCUGGGGAUUGUUAGGAGAGCAAACACUACAAAAACGUCUAUAGAUCAACAGCAGGAGCACUAGCGAGUUCUGGGUACACGGUAUCAGCUGGGGAAGUACUGUAAACGAAGUUUGGAUUUAAGAAGUAGGGCUUGACUCGCACUCUUGUGAUUUCUCAAAAUGAUGGUCGGUAAUGUAGAACCCACCAAGGAGCGACCGAGGCCGAGUCCUGACUACCUUAUGCAGCUCAUGACUGAGAAGAAGCUGAUGGCGAGCUUGCCCAACUUCUGUGGCAUCUUUACACAUUUGGAGCGACUGCUGGACGAUGAAAUCAACAGAGUGCGGAAGGAUAUGUAUAAUGAGACUGUAUCGGGUCUCAUUGAGAGUAAUCCUUUAGAUCUGCCUGAGCCUGUGGGACCAGUUAUACAUGUACAAGAGAAACUGUAUGUGCCUGUAAAGGAAUAUCCAGAUUACAACUUUGUUGGAAGAAUUCUCGGACCAAGAGGAUUAACAGCAAAGCAGCUAGAAGCCCUGACUGGAUGUAAAAUCAUGGUUCGAGGUAAAAGCUCUAUGAGGGACAAAAAGAAGGAAGAACAAAACAGGGGAAAACCUAACUGGGAACAUUUAAAUGAAGAUUUGCACGUAUUAAUAACUGUGGAGGAUACACAGAACAGAGCAGAAAUUAAGAUGAAGAAGGCUGUUGAAGAAGUUAAAAAGUUACUUGUGCCUGCAGCAGAAGGAGAAGAUAACCUGAAGAAAAUGCAGUUGAUGGAACUGGCAAUACUAAAUGGAACAUACAGAGAUACCAAUGUCAAAACACCCACAUUUGCCUUUUCUCUUGCAGCAGCGGCCGCUCAGGGGCCAAGGUUGAUAGCUGCACAGCCAGCUCCUGUAAUGCCAGCAACUGCCUUGCGGCAUCCAGCACCAACAGGUGCACCACUAAUGAACAUAAUCAGGCCGAUCCAGACUACAGCAGUAAUGCAUAAUGGAACACCUGCCAUACUUCCCACUGCACCAGAGGCUGGAAUAUUCUAUGCUACACCUUAUGAGUAUCCAUACACACUAGCAGCUACAACACCUUUCUUGGAGUAUCCUGUUGAUCCUACUGGAGUACUGGGUGCUGUUGCCACAAAAAUUCGAAGACACGACACGAGAAUUCAUCCUUACCAAAGGAUUGUGACUACAGACAGAGCUGCUACUGGCAACUAACCCAUGACCUUCUGACCUCUGAACUGUUCACCCAAGGAAGACCUGGCCAUGCCUGCCUGCUGAUCAAUUUACUGGUAAUCGCCUUGCUUGCCUGUUUUGGACUCGGGCACACUCUGUAUUGUUAGCUAACAGUGUUUGAUGACAAAUGUUUUGGCCUUGGUUUUACUCUGUUAGGGUGAAAGUUACCCAAACCUGCACUGAAAGUUACUAAAGCAAUACGUUCAACUCAUCCCCUCACUACCUUCAACCAAUGAUCAUCUCUGUAAAGUUUCUAACAGAUGACUAGAAGCGUCUGAUUAAUAAGACUGACUGGGAUUAUACUGUGGUCUACACAGUAGUGAAAAUUUCUGCAGUGUAGGAGACUUGAACAGUCUCUUGUAUCAUGACACAUUAUGGAUGGACCCAAGCAUGACUUUUUAAAAUUACAGGAAACUGGGAGACUGGAGCUGAAGUUCAUGUGAAAGCUGUUAUUAUCAUAGUGCCGCUAUGCAUAACACAGAACCAACUCAAGGGGAAUGGAGGAAAAGGAUUUUUUUUUUUUUGAGCCACAGUUCCCCAUAUUCUCUGUAUAGAGUACAGUUUCUUUUUCAACUGGAAAUGGGUAUGAAGGUAAUACUUGAGUUGUGCACGUACAGAGUAUUUGAAUUCCAAACAACACUGCCUACAAGCAGAGUGAUGUGGAGAUUCACAAUGCAUCACCUUCAUUUAAACCUGCAGGUGGAUUGCAGUUAGAACAAUACAGCUGCUGCAGACUUCAUAAAGUUGUUUGAAGCACUGGGAGGCUCCAUUUCUCCUGCCUUUUGAUCAGGAUGUCCAGCGAACUUUAACUUCAAACUGUCAUUUCAACCCGAUUCAGGCAUGCAGGAUCAGUGUGUCAUUUUGUUGGAAAAGUUUGCAUUGUGGCUUCGAUUCAAGUAACCUUGAGUAUUUUGCUAAGCAUCUGAACAAGGUUCUCUGUGUCAUUCAAUAUUUACUUACAGGAAAGCUCUACAUUAAUGAGCUCAGAUAUGCUACGUGAAAGCCAUGUUUGCCUAUUCUGGAUGAUUGGUAGGUUGUCAGAAAUGUAGGUACAUUACAUUGAAAUUACAAAGAGAAAAAUGUUACUUUUAUGGGGUGCUGGUGAAGAAAUUCUAUUUUUUUGAUAUUUUUAAUCUUUUUAUAAGUAAUAGAAUAUAUCAGAAACAGAGAAAAUGGGCAGAGUUGAGUGAACCUGGCUAUGAAACUAGUGACCAAAACAGUACACUUUUAUGCAUUAAAUGAGAAUAUGAUUGAAAAUAGUUAAGUGCCUUAUGAACAGUCAUAAAUGUAUUUUGAAAUCCCAUGUUUAACAUUCAUUACCUUUCUUUGUGGGGGGGGGUGGCGCCUUGUGAAACUUAUGAAAAUUUGUAGUAUUAGGGUGCAUUUCAAUUGUGUAUCUACAGAGUCCCUGUUAAAGAACAUUGAUUAUUCUAUGCAAUGAAAUUUACUUGACUAGCA